GUGUUUGUCAGGCUGAAUACAAUACAGCUGUAAAAUUCAUACGCCUUCACUCGUACUGCCGUCCUCCCCCUCCGUCCCUCAGUAUCUCCCCUCCCUCUCCAUCUAUUCUUUCUCUUUUCUGAGAGCAUGUCUGAGUCACAGCUCUGAAGCUCACGGUGAGACGACAUACUAACCCGAGUCUCUCUGAAGCUCACGGUGAGACGACAUACUAACCCGAGUCUCUCUGAAGCUCACGGUGAGACGACAUACUAACCCGAGUCUCUCUGAAGCUCACGGUGAGACGACAUACUAACCCGAGUCUCUCUGAAGCUCACAGUGAGACGACACACUGACCCGACCUCGCUGAAGCUUACAGUUUUGUACAGUUUUUCUGAGACAGCAGACUUCCAGCAUGACGCGUAAGGUGCUCAGUAACACUCGUGAGCGCUGGCGUCAGCAGAGCGUUAACACGGCAUUUGCGGAACUCAGAAAGCUCAUCCCGACUCAUCCUCCUGAAAAGAAGCUGAGCAAGAACGAGAUCCUGAGACUGGCCAUGCGGUACAUCAGCUUCUUGCUCACACUGCUGGAGAACCAGACCGAUGGAGCGACAGAGCACUCACCCUCCAGCCUCAUCACGCUCAUCACGGGAAACAUGAGGAACCUGAGCUCACACACAGAAACACACUCACCUGGAUCCAGCAGUGAUGGUGCAGAGACCUGGUAGAACCACCAGCAUGGCCUGGAGAACAUAAAGAACCUAAUCUGCACUGAUGAUACAGGAUCUAGAGUUGGUGUAUUUGUUUCACAGACCAGAUCUAGAUCAUGUGUUGUGACUACACUAGAACCUUUACUACUUUCCACAAGAUCUCAGCAUACCUUGCACAAUCAUCAGGAUCAUCUGCAGGGAUUACAGACACAAUCUAGAACCUUUAACAUUAUAAAGUCAUUUUAAUGAACAUGGAACCAAUGCUGUAUAUUUUACAGACAUAAUCUAGAACUUGUGCAGUUCUGUAGAAAACCUGGAACCUCACAAACACAAACUCUGUGUAGUCACUGAGUCUAGAAGCUCAUGUGAAUGCACACAGCUCUUCACUACACAAAGAGAGAUUCUAGAACCCCAGUUUAAUAAGGAGGAAUCUAGACCCAGUGCUGGAACUGGACCCUCGACAGUCUGAAACUCUAACACACUGCUUUUUGUAAACAUUGUGAUAAUGUUGCAGCUGCGUUGGAGAACGUUUCUAGAAAUGCAAAAUUCAGUAAGGUUUCUGAUUGUUGAAACCACACCAGGUUUAAAUCCGAUCUGUGAUCCGAUCUGAUCCUCCUGCAUCAUUUAGAACUUGGUAUUUAGUAUUUAUGGCAUUUAUUUAUUCUCAUUAUGGCUUUUUUUGUAUUAAAGAAAAAACUAUUUCUUUGAUGACUUUUAAAAACAUUUUCUUUGUAAAGCUAAAUUAUUUAUUUGUAUUUAUUCCUCUUUCAGAUU